UAAAAAAAAACUGGAUAAGUUCCACACGCAAACAUAAGACGCUAAAAAGUUUCUUCCACUCCUUCCAUUUGAAGGACUAUUUAAGUGUCCGUGGCGGUCAGCGAAUUGUAACUUUUUGUUGGAUCAUUUCGGGCUUUCAGUUACAGUAACAUUCAAGUAUCUAAAAACAAGGAAACAAAAAAUUCAAAAUGGCGGCUCUUCAAAUUUUGAGCUUUCUUCUCGUCAAUGUCUUGAUUGUGUCUGGACAAUUUAAUCCAACUGCUUCUAGAGCAGGUUGCAGUGACCCCAGUGUCCAGGCUGGCCAUGGCUAUUUCCCCCAUGAGGUGUUCUGUGAAAAGUAUGGUCAGUGUGAUUCCGGUCUCAACAGAUUCGACAGAAAUUGCGGUCCUGGAUCACUCUACAGUGCCAACAUCAAUGUCUGUGUCAAACCAGAACAAGCCAAUUGUACAUACUGGGAAAGGAGUCCUACAGGUACUAAAUUCCCAGCUAUGUGUUGUGACCAAUAUCUAGAAAAAAUAGCGACAGGCUAUGCCUUCAAAUUCUGCCCUUCAGGAACAAUCUUCCAAGCUAGCUCUGGCAAUUGUAUUAGCGGUGUCUGCAACGAUGACAUUGGCUGCUACAGACCAGGCAAAGUCACAGUUGGAAAUAACUACACCUGCUUUGAUAUACCCGAUGAGAAUGGUGACCCCUGCGUCUACACCACACAGUUUUCCGGGAACGUCAUCAGAAAGCGUCCAUGCCCAUGGGGAACUGCCUUCAACAGAGAACUCUGCCAAUGUAGCAUCGUCACAUCCAGCUGUCCAACAGCAUCCACCAUCGCGAACAACACUGCAAACAAAGCCCUUGAUCCACAGUGCAGACCUUCCUUCAACCUUGAUUUUAACUCUCUCCCUCUGCAAGUCACCUCUGAUAAGAUCGUCAGCGGCACCACCACCACUCUAAACUACUUCACCCAGACUGUUGGUGUAACUGUUUCCAAUGGUGUUGCUAAUUUAGUAGCUGACCCCGCCAACAGGGACAAUCCAUACAUCUACUCCUAUUUCUUCAACUCCAACCAGUUGGCCUCACCUGUUGCAUUUACCAUCACCUUCAGGUGUGAUAGCUUUACCGGCGUUCCUUUCCAACUCUUGACCAACAACUACAACAAUGAUGUUUGUCCAGCUACCCUUGACGUUGUAGUAACCUGCUCUAAUGGACGUUACAACGUUCAGGUCUCUGCUACUGGUGCAACUGCUACUGGCGCCGCUUCUGAACUUCAACUCAAGGGAUCUGCCAAUGGAGUCCUCAGUUUACAGAACCAAAACAACUUUGUUGAUCUGACUAUCUUCUAUGAUGGAACAAUCAGCGGACUGAUUUCCGAGAAAAACACCAACAACAGAUCCCCAAUUACAUCUACCAGUGGAAACCUUGGAACUUACCUGGCCACCAACAAAUGCGGCCUAGUUCUAGGCAGAGGUCUAACUGGCAAGAUCGACAACUUCACUGUACGUGAAGGCUGCCAAGAUAAAACCAGAGUAAUUGCCUAAGUAACAAGAAAACUGCCGGACGACAGCAACAUUCGACUGUUACAGCCCAUUCGAACCAAAACAGAAACAACAUUUGCUACAAGUUACAACGACCGACAUCAUACGUCUCUAAUCAGCAAGUCGUUCUAAAUGAAAUAAAAGUUUUGAUCACA